CGCCGCGCCGUCCUUUCUCCGGAGGCUUUGGUGGGGCAGCGGCGGCAGCAUGACUUCGGCGGCGCUGGAGAUUUUGGGGCUGGGGCUGGGCAUCCUGGGCUGGGUGGGAGUGAUCCUGGCCUGCGGGCUGCCCAUGUGGCAGGUGUCGGCCUUCAUCGACGUGAACAUCGUGGUGGCGCAGACCAUCUGGGAAGGGCUGUGGAUGAACUGCGUGGUGCAGAGCACGGGGCAGAUGCAGUGCAAGGUGUACGACUCCAUCCUGGCGCUGCGGCCCGAGGUGCAGGCGGGCCGGGCGCUCACCGUCAUCGUGGCGCUGCUGGGGCUGGUGGCGCUGAUGGUGACCGUGGUGGGCGCGCAGUGCACCAACUGCAUCCGGCCCGGCAAGAUGAAGUCCCGCAUCGUGAUCGCCGGCGGGGCCAUCUACAUCCUCUGCGGGGUCCUGGUCCUCGUCCCGCUCUGCUGGUUCGCCAACAUCGUCAUUAGCGACUUCUACGACCCCACCGUGCCGCCGUCCCAGAAGCGGGAGAUGGGGGCCGCGCUCUACAUCGGCUGGGCGGCCACGGCCCUGCUGCUCUUCGGGGGUUGCCUCAUCUGCUGCUGCUCCUGCUCCCAGCGCGACGAGACCUCCUUCCCCGUCAAGUACUCGGCGCCGCGGCGGCCCACCUCCAACGGCGAGUACGACAAGAAGAACUACGUCUGAGCGGAGCUGCCCCGCUCCCCCGGCCCUGCGGGGACACGGACAGGCGGCUGCGAGCCGGCGCUGCCGGGCUCCGCCGGCCGGCACGGGGCACCGCGCCGGGAGCGUCUGCGGUGAGCUCCAGCGCUCCCCUGCCUAGAGUCUCUUCUUAACGGGGACCCCCGUAAAGCGGCAGCCCUAGGCAGGGCAGCGCGCCGCUGCCCGCCAGCCCGACCCCGGCGGGUCUGGCCGCUCCGCUGCGGGCAGCGCCGCGCUCGGCGCCGCCGGGGACCCGGUACUGGCCGCCCGCGGUGCCGGGGCGAGCAAAGACCUCCCCGGCCGCACAGCGCAGCAGAACCAGCGUCUUCCCGGCCCGGGGCGGCUGGGGGAACCGAGGAGCCCGGGCG